ACCAUGCGUUGAUGUUGCUUUUAAGGAGGAAGUAAAUAAUAAGGAAGUUAUAUUUAUUUAAAACAAACACUCCUGGUUUAAUUUUGUUUGCUUAGUAUUUUUGAUAUUUUAUGAAUUAAAUACUGUACUGGACCAGUUUAUUUCUGGAAGAUUCUAUUUGGCAUAGUUUUGAGGAUAAAUAAGAAAAAAAUGUUGUCUCUUUUACUCUUCAUUGUAACAUUAACUCCUAAUACUGCAGAGAUUUUUACAUCAAUGGCACAAAUGGAAAAUUUAGUACAUUUAGAAAAAAGUUUUAUACAUUUACUGCAAAACUACGUAACUGAAGAAGAAAAGCGUCUUACCCAACUAAAGCUUUUUCUUAAUGAAGUAUCAUCAAAUUAUCAUCAUAUGAAUGAUUCUGAUGCAGCUGCAUAUAUCGCAAAUCCUGUAAACGCAUAUCUUAUGUUAAAAAGGUUUAAUAAUGAAUGGAGAAAUCUGGAAAAGACUAUUGUUGAAAACAGCAGAAAAGAAGAAUUUAUUUCAAAUUUUGAACGUGUGCAAGAGUUGUUACCUAGUGAAGAAGAUUAUGAAGGAGCAAUCAUUGCAUUAUUUCGACUUCAAGAUACAUAUAAACUUCAUUCUAGUGCUCUGGCUAAAGGUCUUAUACCUGGUGUUAAGCUAGGUCACUUGCGGCCUUUAAAUGUUGGGGACAUUUUUGAAAUUGGUCAAUUUGCAUAUUCUAAUAAUGACUGGCAUCAUGCUACUGAUUGGUUGAAUACAGCGUUAAUGCAUAUUGGGACUCAUGAAAAUCAAGUGACAAGAGAUAGUGUAUUAGAUUAUUUAGCAUAUGCUGAAUUUAAGGCUGGAAAAGUUGAUGAAGCUUACAGACAUACAAAAGAGUUAGCAAUAUUGAAACCAAAUGAACAACGUAUAGUGGAAAACUUGGACUAUUUCAAUAAAUAUUUGCAUACAUCUCGAUCAACAAGUCGCUAUGGCGAUGAUGGUUUAAAAGAUGAUUCUUCAGCAUUUACUAGCGAUAAUAAAAACAAAGUUUUGAACGCUUAUGAACAACUUUGCAGAGGGGAAGUUCGACCACUUACAAAAAAAGAGCAAGCUAAAAUGAAGUGUUGGUAUUCAGCUAAAGAUCCUGUGUUAAAACUAAAACCUCAAAAAGUUGAGAGGGUGUGGGUUGAUCCUGAAAUUUUUAUCCUACGAAACAUAAUUAGUGAGAAGCAAAUUAAUCUUAUUAAAGAAGCAGCUUCACCAAUGUUGAGACGUGCAACUAUCCAAGAUCCUAUUACAGGAAAGUUAAGACAUGCUGAUUAUCGUAUCAGUAAAAGCGCAUGGUUAUCGACAAAUAAGUAUAACUUCUUACAAGCCUUAGAAGCAAGGACUCAAGCCACUACAGGGCUAGAUUUAAGCUAUGCAGAGCAACUUCAGGUUGCAAAUUAUGGUCUUGGAGGACAUUAUGAACCCCAUUUUGAUCAUUCACGAGAAAAUGAAGAUAGGUUUACUGAUCUUGGCAUGGGAAAUCGUAUAGCUACUGUUCUUUUUUAUCUUUCUGACGUUGAAGCUGGUGGAGCAACAGUAUUCACCGUUGGUAAAACUGCUGUUUUUCCUAGUAAAGGUGAUGCGGUCUUCUGGUUUAAUUUAAAACGAAACGGUAAAGGAAAUCCAAAUACUCGACAUGCUGCCUGUCCUGUUUUAGUGGGUCAAAAAUGGGUAAGCAACUGGUGGAUACAUGAAUUUGGUCAAAUAUUUCGUCGAAAAUGCGCGUUGGAUCCAAAUUUAUAAAUUCUUGGUAUUCAUUUUAAUUUAUUUAUGCGAUAUAAUAGGUCGGUUUUAUUGUUGCGAUUUGUUUUUUUUUUUUUGUUGUAAUUCUUUAAUGUUUAUAGUUUUGAUAAAUUUUCUAUUUACUUUUAUUUGCAUUUAAGUUUUUCACUUUUUUUACUUAAUGAAUAAAUUUUGUUUUCAAAUUUCUUUUUUUACCAUUUUGAACAUGUUGUAAGAGUGUGUGUUGUUUUUGUGUGUGACGAAGUUAUUAUGUGUGACCAAGUUGUUUUAAAAUUUUAUAGAUUUAUAACUUAUUCGUGUUGCAUUACACUAGAUAUAGUGAAGUUAUUUUCUUGACUUCUUAUAAAUUUUUUAUUUAUUUAUUUUUUAAGACUUGUAUUCUAGUUCUUAAUUUUCCGACAUUUUUAAAUAUACAUAAAAUAUACUCUAA